AUGACCACCGAUUCAAUCAAAACAAAGCUGCUCAUACUCGUAACCCUUCUUUUUGCAGGCACUGCUUUCUCCGCCCGAGUCACGAACCCCAAACGCGUACCCAGGAAUGCCGUCCUCCUCUCCAAAGUCUCUGCGAUCACAGUGAGAGCUGGCAAGCAGACCACGUCUCGCCGGGUUGCUCCGGUCCCUCAGCUACGGUGUGUUGGACCGUCGAGAAUAUGCAAGCUCUACUCCGUCGAUGCCAUGCGCUGCACAAACGAGGGGGCUGAUUACGAUGAGAACAAUAUCCAGUGGAGCUGCAAAGCGUCGUUGCCAGAAGAAUUCAAGCUAGGAAGCACCGACGUGACUUGUGAAGGGUACGAGAGCAGCGAAGACCCAUAUGUCCUAUCAGGCAGUUGCGGCGUCGAAUACAGAUUACUGCUGACAGAGAAAGGCGAAGAGAAGUAUGGCUCUCCUAGAACCUUCAAUUGGGACGUCACUAGCAAUGGGAAUGCAGGAGAGGCAAUUGCUGGGUUCUUGUUUAUGGCUGUCUUCGUGAUUGUCCUGUUCACCAUCGUUUACGGAUUCUACAAAGCAUGGCGCAACGAUGCCGCCCGGAGGACUCCCAGACCACCAGGAGGCGGAUUCGGCGGGUUUGGAGGAGGCGGUGAUGACGACGAUCCUCCGCCCCCGUAUGAUCCACGUCCUCCACCACGACCGAAGAAAGCCACCUGGUCGUCAAGUUCGAGGUCGGGGUAUACCUUCUCGGCACCAAGAAAUGAGAACCAAGGUUGGCGCCCCGGAUUUUGGACUGGUACAGCGGCAGGAGCGGCAGCGGGUUACCUCGCAGGGAGAGGUGCACGCACGCAGCCAGAGCCGCCACAAACACGACCUGCCACGGGGGGAUGGUUUGGAGGAAGGGGGGCUACGAGGGGUGCGCCGUCCCCGUCAACCAGUGCCAGCUCAAGUUCGAGCUAUUCCAGUGCGAGACACGAAAGCAUAGGAUUUGGGGGGACCAGUCGACGCUAG